AUGGGACGGCACUCAAACUCCCGAACAGAGACCUACUCGAAGGAAGGAGAAGCCCUUCGUGCUUCGUUCAAUGGGUCUCAUCACGACACUAUCCUGGACAAGUUGAUGAAAGUCGUGCCAACGCGAAGUCCAUCGGGAUCUUACGACGACAACGAUAGCCGCGCGUCACUCAUCGUGUCGAACGAGAACGAAGUUUAUGAUUUACUGACGUUCAAUAAUCGCGGACACUUGAUGAACAACUUGCGUAAACCGGAGCGACCAAAGAAGGCCGUGACGUUCGCCACAACGGACUUGGAAAAAGUCGAGUGGGUCACCGAGAUGCAGUACAAGUGCCCAGAGAAGCCACUACCGUUAAAUUUGUUUGGGACACGACGCAUCAUCGGGUACGAAGAAGAGGAACAACUCUUGGCCCCGUCCUGGAGCAAAGCUCUUCCCUACAGCCCCGUCGACUUUGGAUGUUACCAGAUGCAACUGCUAACGCGGGAGAAAACGUUCUUCCUCAUUGGUCCUGUGCAAAUUAACCACGUGACGUGCAUGGGCGUCGCAUGGAAGACGUACUGGGCUGGUCUCUCGUCGGGCCUCGUUGUGUUCUGCUACGACGACGACAAAGACCAAGUGUUUGCGUGCCCGAUCCAUAAAUGCCGCGUUCAAGUCCUCGACGACACGCAACUCAAGCUGUUCGAGGUCGCGGGUCUCCGAGAGGUCGACGAACUUUUUCUCAAGUUUACCAACUCGGCGACCAUGUACAUGUGGUUCUGGGCGAUCCAAAUCGCAGCUGCCACACCGCUGUACUCAGACACAGACGUGCACACGAAGGCCCUGCGUAGAUUUCUGGUCAAGUCGCCGCCAGUGGCGGUCAAUUCGAUGAAAGCGUGGUCGAACUUCACCAACAAGUUGGGACUGUGCAAACCGCUCCCGCCUGCGCCGGUCGUGACGCUCCCGUUCACCUUGCACAACCCAAAGCCACAACAUCCCUUCUGCGGGCUAUCGCCGUCGUCCACAUCAGGUUCAUCGAUCGGGCGGAACGGAGCUGGUGCGAUCCAGCGCCGCCUCUUGUUCAUCCGGCACGCUGAGUUCCACAACGUCCAUUUCAAGACGGCCGACGCGGAGAAAACAAUCACGGACGAAGGUGAGGCUGCAGCGCGGCGCACAGGGCAGUACCUUCAAGACCUGAUUGAAGAGGCAGGGCUCACAUACCAAGACGUGCAGCUCGUGUAUUCGACCAUCACGCGGACGAUCCAAACGAUGGACACGAUUGCGAAAGAGAUCGACAAGGCGGCGGGCGUGUACGAAACAUUCAACCCGUACGAGACACAGUCGAACAAAGUCAACCGCGUGGCUCGGCACGAACUCGCGCUGCUGCGAGAAAGCGUGCCGCAUGGCCUGUCCACGUCCAAAAAGUUUCUUUGUCGGUCCGCCAAGAUGGCGCUGGCACUUCAGACGAUCUGUACGGGCGAAGUGACGUACCCCAUCACGGUUGUGAUUUGCUCGUCAAGUUUUAUUCGGUAUUGCAUCCACCAGGCAGCGUACGGCGUCGGCUUCAUCGCGACGCGGGGCGAGAUGAACCAGAGCAUCGCGAUCGGUCAUUGCAGCAUCACGCAGAUCGACGUCGAUCACGACCAUGCGCUGCACCUGCGCGGCGUGAAUCAAAUGGCCCACCUGUCCACGUGUGCGACGAACCCGCAGGAAGACGCCGUAAACGAUAGAUAG